AUGCUUAGGUACUUCCAGAGAAAAAAUAGAGACAACAAUGCUACAACAGCACCUUCUGUCUCAAACCUGCAUUCUACAACGCGAAAUCAUGUAAUUCAUGCUGAGAGUUCAAGUGCCCAGAAUGUAGCACCGUCCUGCGCAGCUGAAAACGAUGUGAAUGAAAACUUACUGGCAAGUCUACCUUCGGAUCCAGGACUGCGAACUCCAAUAUUUGAUUAUGAUCCCAAUAUCAGAGACCGAGUUCGAAGAGCUUACCUACAAAGAGGUCCUUGUCAGCCAAAGAAGCACACCUAUCCAACAAGAAUAUCUGGUGGCAGGCCAAGAAAGUUUUGCGGCUCUUGGUUCAACGAGCAUCCAAGUUGGUUGGAAUAUAGCAUUUUGACAGAUGCAGUGUUUUGUCUUUGUUGCUAUUUGUUUAGAGCUGGUAGUGGUAAUUCCUUUGUGGGAAAAGGAUUUAGAGGUUGGAGGAAGAAAGAAAGGCUACAACUACAUAUUGGGGGGCCAAAAAGUGCACAUAAUAAGGCUUUGAAAAAUUGUGAGGUGUUAAUGAAUAGGAAACAACACAUUGAUGCAAUUAUUGAAAAACAGUCGGAGGAAGAGAAAAGGGAUAAUAGGAGAAGGUUGAGGGCAUCGAUUAACUGUGUUCGAUUUCUUUUACAGCAGGGGCUUGCAUUUCGUGGACAUGAUGAAAUUGAAGCUUCUCUCAACAGAGGAAACUUUAUAGAGCUCUUAAAAUGGUUGGCAGAUAAUAAUGAAGAAAUUAAAGCCGUUGUACUAGAGAAUGCUCCAGGGAACCAAAAGUUAAUAGCAUCAGAUAUUCAAAAAGAUAUAACCAAGUGCUUCUCUUCUGAAAUAUUAAGUGAAAUUAUUAAAGAACUCGGGGAUGGAUCAUUUACUCUCCUCUUAGAUGAAUCUAAAGAUAUAUCAUCAAAGGAACAGUUGGCUAUUGUUUUGAGAUAUGUGCACAAAGGUCAUGUAAUUGAGCGUUUCGUAGGAAUCGAACACGUCACUAGUACAACUGCCAAUUCACUUAAAGCAACAGUGGAUGAUUUCUUUUCUCGACAUCGAUUGAGCAUUUCCAGAUUACGAGGGCAAGGUUAUGACGGGGCAAGCAAUAUGCGAGGUGAGUAUAAUGGUCUAAAGGCACUGAUUUUGAAAGAUAAUGACUGCGCGUAUUUUGUCCACUGCUUUGCUCAUCAACUGCAGCUAGUUGUUGUGGCUGUGGCAAAAAAACAUACAUAUGUAGAAGAACUUUAUGUCGUAAUGAGUUACUUGGUGAAUGUGGUAGCUGGAUCAGCCAAACGUCAAGAUAUGCUUCGUGAGAAGCAAGCUGAGGCGGUCUUUGAGGCACUAUGUAGUGGUGAGAUAUUAACUGGGCGAGGCCUUAAUCAAGAAAGUACUCUUAAACGAGAUGGUGACACGCGUUGGGGUUCGCAUCACAAUACGAUAGUAAGCCUGAUUAAUAUAUUCUCAUCUGUUAUAACACUUUUGGAAGAUUUAGCAGUGGAUUCUGAUAAGAAAUUUGAAGCUAAGGUUCUCCUAGAUUCUUUGCAAAAUUUCAAUUUUAUUUUCAGCUUGCACUUGAUGAAAAAGAUUCUGGGAAUUACAAAUGAUCUGUCAAAGGCAUUGCAGAGAAAAGAUCAAGACAUUGUCAAUGCCAUGAAAUUAGUUACAGUAUGCAGGGAACGACUCCAGAUAAGGAGAGAUAAGGAAUGGGAUUCAUUGUUGUCAGAAGUAUCCUCUUUUUGUGCAAGGCACCGCAUCAAAGUUCCUGAUAUGAAUGAUGUGUUCCAACGGGAGGGUCGACCAAGGCGUAAUGCUCAAGAGGUAAAUAAUUUGUAUCAUUAUCAAGUUGAGUAUUUAUACACAGUCAUAGAUAUGCAACUUCAAGAACUAAACAAUCGCUUCACCGAGACGAACACUGAAUUACUUCUUUCGGUGGCAUGCUUAAGUCCAAGAGACUCAUUCUCUGGAUUUGACAAAGAUAAACUGAUUCAUUUUGCUCGGUUUUACCCAAGAGAUUUUUCUCCUACUCAACUUGUGUUACUAGAAGAUCAACUACUAAAUUACAUUGCGGAUGUAAGGUCCAGCAAUGAUUUUUCAGAAUUGAAUGGAAUUACUGAUUUCGCAAUCAAAAUGGUAGAGACUAAAAAGGAUGAAGUGUACCCUUUGGUUUACUUACUUCUCACAUUAGCAUUACUUCUACCAGUUGCUACUGCCACCGUAGAAAGGGUAUUUUCUGCUAUGAAAAUUGUAAAGAAUCGCUUGCGUAAUCGAUUGGGGGGCGAAUGGAUGAAUGACAUUUUUAUUUGA